GGCCCGCUCUGGAUAUCCAUAACAUUAGUGUUCGCGACAGCCAUUUGUGGCAAUAUUGCUAAUUAUGUCAAAGACAUGGCAACUAUGAGUCCCAACAUCACGAACACGGACUGGCACUACGACUACACCAAAGUAGGUCUGGCGGCGUCCACGAUAUUCACCUACGUUUUGGCGGUACCGGUGUGUCUGUGGUUCCUGUUUUGGUUCAGGGGCUGUACGGCUAACUAUUCACUGUUAGAGACGAUCUGUGUUUACGGUUACUCUCUGUCAAUAUAUGUCCCGAUUUCCAUACUUUGGGUCAUUAAUAUCCGGUCCUUUCAACUGAUUCUGUUGUCAAUCGGAGCCAUACUGUCCGGCAGUGUACUGGUGCUGGUGUUCGCGCCGGUCGUUCACAGCGAUCCCUCCAAGACUAUUAAGACAUCGUAUCUGAUAUUAAUUAUAAUAAUAUUAAUGCACGCAUUCCUGGCCUUUGCUUUUCUUGAAUACUUUUUCUAA